CUGGGAAAGGCCUCAUGUCAUGUAUGGACAGCUGCUAGACUGGCUUCGAUACUUGGUAGCCUGGCAGCCUGUCAUCAUUGGCCUGGUACAAGGCAUCAGCUACAUCCUGGGCCUCGAGUAAUCAGAAAUCACAUCCCUGGAGAACCCACCACCCACUAUGGACCUCAGGGCACUCUCCGUGCUGCCCACAAAGACUUGGGUGGAAAAGACUCAAAGGCACUUGGGCCAUUCAGGACCACCCCAGCUGUGUCUGGGUUGGUGGGGAAAUGAUGGAGAACCAGCCAGUGGGGCUGUCAGCAGUGGGGGCUUUUUAAAAGAAAAUUAUUUUGAUGAAUAUAUUUAAAUUUUUUUAUUGUGGAGCAUAGGAAUUGUCCCCCAUUCCUAGGCCUAACCUUGCUUGAACAGGGUUGGGCAAAGCUGCGGUAUUAUUGGUUGAGAGGCGUCUUCUCACCUCUGGCUGAGAGCACUGGUGGGUUUGCAGGAGGCUGGGUGCUUCAGCCUACCCUUCCCCUUCCCCUCCCUUCCCUCUGCAAGGCUCAAGCCUGGUUUGCACUCAGUGUAGAAGAGCUCAGACGGGUGCCAGAUUAGCACUGAGCGGUAAAGGGUCUCUUCAUCUCUGGACAUGAUGGGUGUUGUGUAUGACUCUGUUGCCUUUUUGUCUGGAAACUAAAGGCUGGGGGUGGCAAAAUCAAUGACUUUUCUAACUAGGGAAGCCCUGUGGCCUCCAAAUUCACUGACAUGUUUUGGAACAGCUAGAAAUAUGAGCAGCAUGGAUAACCUGCCCCUGAGCAGGGCCAUUGCCAGGCAGAGUAUAAAAGCAAUCUAUAUAUCAUUAAGCUGUGGAAGCUACAUUGGCAGCAGCGAAUGUUGCAGCUUCUUGUGCAAGUACACCCUUCAUGGAAGUGUUGACAUGUGCCAAAGGGUACUCUGCACAUCACUUCCUUCCUGAAAGCCUAAGAGUGUGUAUGUUUGUGUAUGCACAGAGCAGACAGACUAAUGGAUCUCUGUUUUCUGCCAGUCAUCAGUGUGCCCUUGAAGCUAAGAGGGGAUUCCAGCCCAGGAAACGUCCCUAGGUAGGCUUGGUCAUUUGUGGGUUUUUCCCAGGCCUGACGUUAAGAAUGGUGAGUGCAUAGGCAGAAUGAGGCCUGAAUAAAGAUGGGCUCUGAAAGGGGACUUCUGAGCAGGCCUAACUGUAGUCCUGGAAGUCUGAAGAAAGGGGGAGGGCAUCAUGGGUCAGCAGCACUGGGUGUCUAGAGAAAUUUGGCCUGGCCCAUUUGAAGGCAACAAGAACCAAACAGGAUCUUGUCAUCACAUCUGAAUAAAGCUCCAUGAGCUGGCUGCAAAGCUGGACACGCAUUUGCCUUUUUUUUUUUGCCACCUCUUUCCCGGGCCCCCUGGGGUAUCUUGGCUUCUUGCAUCCCACCUGAGAGCCGGAACCUGGAGCCAUUGGUCCUGCCUUCUCACCCAUCCUCCCUCUGUGAGAGUGUGUGUGUGUGUGUGUGUGUCUCCUGUCCUACGGCAUCAGGGGCCCUGAGGCCUUCACCCCCAGUCUGAGACUAGUACCCUGAUACCCCCACAACUCAGCCUGUUCUCUUACUCAGCUGUGGCUUCCUUUUUCCCUCCAUCCUCAGAGGAAUGAGAGCUGAGCAGAAGGCCAAGAGACAGGCUACUCUUCCUUUGGUAUUUGUCCUCCCCUCUCCCUAAGGUGAAGGCUACGUCUAUGUUUUACCUUUAGUCUUGUAAGGUACAGUGCAGUUCCUCGUCCUGCACCCCUACCCAAACCCCAGUGGAAUGAGAAAUCCCCCAAUGGCUGUGUGUGGAUGCACAACUUCUGGACCUAACUCCUAGAGAUCCUGGAUUCUGAGGGAGUUUUGCCCUGAAUUCAGCAACCUAGGUGGUAGAGGGUAGGUGGACUGCUCAAAAGAAAUGUGACUGUGCCACAUAGAAGACAGCUUUUAGCCUCCUGCAUCUGAACCAGGUAUGAAUCUAUUCCCACAGGUCCUUCCAACCUGCUCCAUCCCACUUGUCACCAGUUCUACCCUCUGGUGACAGAAUCACAGACCUAAGAGCACAGCACUUUGCCCCAAGUGUGCGCAUUGGUCGUUCUGCCCCAAGAGGUUCUGGCACAUGCAGGGAGCAUGGCUUCAGGGUUUUGUUUGAUUCUAAUUUUGUUCUUUCCAAGUACCAGUCUCUGAGCUACUGGAGCCAGUGUUGCGGAAGUGCCUUCCUGGCUAUUUGGGGUCAGCUCUCGCUUGGCUGGGAGUUUUGUACACGAGCCAGGCAGGGAAGUUGCUCCUUCCUGUGGUGAGAUUUUCUUGGGGCCAGGCAGCUAUCCUGGCUGAGCCUUAGAGCUCCAAGAAGCUAUUCGGGGCUUAGGAGCCAGGUAGGAAGAUCUAAAUUUACUGAAAACGAACCUGUACAAGUGGCUGUGGCUGUGUGUGAAGGCUGGUGUUAAGUGAUACACCUGACCUUGGGGUGAGGGAUGGGAGUGGGGGAGCUUGAGAGAAACUACGAUAUUAAUGGGCCAGUGAGGCACUGAAUGUAAAAAGGUCAGUGGUUCAAUUUGGGGUUCCCAGUACUAAUAAAUACUGCCUCCUUGGAGUUUGUUCUGGAGAAAGGAAAGUUGGCUGUGAAGGGUGGAAGGGGCAAGACAGGUACAGACCUGUGAGAGACUCAUCUUUCUCACCCCUUCGCUAACCUUAGAGAGAGGGGUGAGGUAGAUAGAGGAUUCCUGUGAGUUUGGAGAGGGGCCCAUUCGGAACAGCCUGCUUUCGAUUGGGAUUCCUAGCUAAGAAAGUGAAAGUGAAAAUAGGUGCUCGAUUUCCUAGAAGCUGACUGCUGCCUGCCCUUCCCAGAAGGAGGCUGGCAAGCUGGCAAACGGACUGUUGCUUCCCAGAGGAAGUCACAGACACCAGACUUGCUUGCAAGUCAUCAUGACCAUGAGACACUGCUGGACAGCAGGCCCCAGUUCUUGGUGGGUCCUGCUUUUGUAUGUCCAUGUCAUUUUGGCCAGAGCCACAUCUGCACCUCAGACAACUGCCACUGUCUUAACUGGAAGCUCAAAAGACCCAUGCUCUUCCUGGUCUCCAGCAGUCCCAACUAAGCAGUACCCAGCACUGGAUGUGAUUUGGCCAGAAAAAGAAGUGCCACUGAAUGGAACUCUGACCUUGUCCUGUACUGCCUGCAGCCGCUUCCCCUACUUCAGCAUCCUCUACUGGCUGGGCAAUGGUUCCUUCAUUGAGCACCUCCCAGGCCGGCUGAAGGAGGGCCACACAAGUCGCGAGCACAGGAACACAAGCACCUGGCUGCACAGGGCCUUGGUGCUGGAAGAACUGAGCCCCACCCUACGAAGUACCAACUUCUCCUGUUUGUUUGUGGAUCCUGGACAAGUGGCCCAGUAUCACAUCAUUCUGGCCCAGCUCUGGGAUGGGUUGAAGACAGCUCCGUCCCCUUCUCAAGAAACCCUCUCUAGCCACAGCCCAGUAUCCAGAUCAGCAGGCCCAGGGGUUGCAUAAAGCCAACCACACCAUGACCUUGACCAGAGCCUGGCUCUCAUCUACCUGGAGGGUGGAGUCUACACCAUAGGCUGUGAUUGCCUUUCUGCUGCUGAACCUCAAACUCAAGCUUCACUUCUACCCUAGAUUAUCAUAGUAAUUAAGUCCUUAGAGUUCUUCCUGUUUGUCCUCCUGUCCAUCCAUCCAGUUUACCUUUUCUGAUGUCUUAUUCAUCCCACUGGUGUUCUGGAACCUCUGAGACCUGAUGACACCUUAGCCAAGUGAUAGCUCUGCUUACACUUAACGUGAAAUUGAGAUGCCUAUCUGGCAGAUUUCUACAUCCUGUACCAAUCAAAAAGGUUAACCCGAAGCCUAGUUGAGAUAUAACUUUGGCAACAUCCACUCAGCUCUGACCACUAUCUGCACUGACUUCAAUCUUUACAUGUGAUUUUGUUUUCCUAGUUUGCCCCUAAUGUACUGUCCCCAAGGCAAGGACGGAACAGUGGCUGCGUCAGGUCACAACUGUAUAUGUCAGUCUGUGUCUCUGCAGGGCCCACACUGAGUACUCAUAAAGCUGCAGCAGCUCAAGGUCUCAUUUUUAUUUAGACCCUGGUACUGUCCUCAGGAACUCUGCCUGACUCAGGCAGCAUGAGACACUGCCUCUUGCCAAAUAAAAAUUCAGAAUAACA